UCCAUCUAUCAUAGUCCAAUUUAAACAGCAACUGAGUGGAGUUGCGCUUUCUGAAACUGCUGCUGACUAUUUUCCGGCGAUAUUUGAAGAUAUACAUGGUUUCUCCGGCUCAGCCCGCAGCCGCAAUGGCUGCUUUCGCCAGGAUGGUGAAGGGCCAAGUGCGCAACUAUUCUGCUCCUCUGGACAUGGCCAUUCCUGCCUCCAAGCAAAAGUACAUUCCGUCCUCUGGAUCCUACCCAAAGGGAUUCCUCGUCUCCGGUACCCAUGUUGGUGUCAAGGCCUCCAACACCAAGUUCCCGGACCUGGCAUUGAUCUCCUCCGAAACACCAUGCUCGGCUGCUGCGGUUUUCACGACCAACAAGUUCCAAGCCGCACCUGUCCAAGUCAGCAAGAAGACCCUUGAGAGCCGCCAGGGACAAGGCAUUCGAUCCGUGGUUAUCAACUCCGGCUGCGCCAAUGCGGUCACCGGUAAGGGAGGUCUGGAGGAUGCAGUGAACAUGGGCAAGAAGGUGGACGAGUGCAACGGACUUAGCGAGCCCAGCACGAUCGUCAUGAGCACUGGCGUCAUUGGACAGCGACUCCCCAUCUCCAAGAUCCUUAACAAAAUCCCCACGGCACACGAAAACCUAGCAUCCACCCACGACGCCUGGCUCACGACUGCCCGCGCCAUCUGCACAACAGACACCUUCCCCAAGCUGCUCUCGCGAACCUUCACCCUCCCCUCCCUCGCCGGCAUGACCAAAGGCGCCGGCAUGAUCCACCCGAAUAUGGCCACCCUCCUCGGCGUCCUCUGCACAGACGCGCCCAUCGACCCCUCCGCCCUGCAGUCCCUCCUCAAGCACGCCGUCUCGCGCUCCUUCAACUCCAUCUCCGUCGACGGCGACACAAGCACAAACGACACGGACAUCCUCACCUCGUUCGCGCAGUCGCUUUCGCAGCUCGUCGUCCGCGAUGGCGAAGGCGCCACCAAGUUCGUCACCGUCCGCGUCCAGAACUCCCCGGACUACGAGUCCGCUCGUCUCAUCGCUUCCACCAUCGCCCGGUCCCCGCUCGUCAAGACCGCCCUCUACGGCCGCGACGCCAACUGGGGCCGUAUCCUCUGUGCCAUCGGGUACACGCAGGGCGUGGUCCCGGGAACAGUCGUCCCUGAACGCACGAGCGUCAGCUUCAAGCCUGUUGAUGGGAGUCCCGUUCUCAAGCUGCUUGUCAACGGUGAGCCGGAACAAGUCGAUGAGGAGCGCGCCAGUGUCAUUCUACAGGAGGAGGAUCUGGAGAUCGUUGUUGAUUUGGGUGGUGGUGAGAAGGGUGAGGAGGGACUGGGUGGUGAAGAGGCUGUCUACUGGUUCUGCGAUUUCAGCCACGAGUACGUGACUAUCAAUGGGGAUUAUAGGACUUGAUUGAGCCAGAAAGGACAUAUACUACGGCACGAGAUGUUGUGAUACAUUCGUAUAUAUACCCAACUAUUCGACAACCCAG